AUGGCGAUGAACUUUGUAACAUUCAACCAGGACUACAGCUACCUGGCUGUUGCCACCGCCAAGGGAUUCCGCAUUUUCACGACGGAUCCCUUUGCUAAGAGCUAUGAAACCAAAGAAGGGAAUAUUGCGGUGAUUGAGAUGCUCUUUUCGACCUCAUUAGUGGCACUUAUUCUUUCACCUCGGCGGUUACAGAUCACCAACACCAAGCGCCAGUGUACAAUAUGUGAAUUGACAUUCCCGACAACGGUCCUGGCCGUCAAGCUAAACCGCAAACGCCUUGUCAUUGUGCUGGAAGAUCAGAUCUACCUUUAUGACAUCCAGACGAUGAAGCUUUUAUCUACGAUCGAUACAUCACCCAACCCACAUGCCAUUUGUGCACUGGCACCAUCAUCGGAUAAUUGCUAUAUGGCAUACCCUCUGCCUCAGAAGGCCCCUGCCACGGUGAAGCAACCGGCUCAUGCUCCUCCUGGAACGACACAUGUCUCGCCCACUACAGGUGAUGUGCUCAUCUUCGAUGCAGAGAAGCUCGAAGCGAUCAAUGUCAUUGAAGCUCAUCGGUCGCCUUUGGCCUGUAUCACUUUGAACAGCGACGGAACGCUACUUGCAACUGCCUCGGACAAGGGGACUAUCAUUCGAGUCUUCUCAGUUCCUGAUGGUCACAAGCUGUACCAGUUCAGACGUGGCUCCAUGCCUUCCAGAAUCUAUAGCAUGUCCUUCAACACAACCUCCACCCUUCUCUGUGUCUCUUCGUCCACGGAAACCAUCCAUCUGUUCAAGCUGGCCCAGCAAGGACCUUCAUCAGAUGCAUCCUCGUCGCAUUCACCUGUCGGUCGCAAUGCUAGCCUUGGGGCCAGCUCAUUUGGAAGUGGGCAAGAUGAAGAUGAGACUGGCGAUGCGGACCAGGCAGCCAGAAAGCACAAUGGUACCCUGAUCGGGAUGAUUCGACGAACAUCUCAAAACGUCGGAGGAGCCGUUGCUGCUCGCGUGGGCGGGUACCUCCCCAAGGGUGUCAGCGAGAUGUGGGAGCCAGCACGGGACUUUGCAUGGAUCAAGCUGCCACGAUCGCAGGGGUCUGCUGCGCCUGGGAACACCGGUCCACUACGGAGUGUGGUUGCUAUGAGCAACAACACGCCUCAGGUUAUGGUCGUGACCAGUGACGGGAACUUUUAUGUUUUCAAUAUUGACUUGUCGAAGGGUGGGGAGGGAACCCUCACCAAACAAUAUUCGGUUGUCGACUCGAACGACAGGUUAGGCACGAUGGAUUACUGA